CAAAGCUUACUACCUUACGUUGGUGAUUUGCGGUGUGCUACUGAGAUAAGGUCCUGAAAGAUUGAAGGAAGAAAAGCAUGGGUGGGCAAUCUCUGCAUGUGCUUAAUGCACUGGAUGUUGCUAAGACACAAUGGUAUCAUUUCACAGCAAUUGUGAUUGCUGGAAUGGGUUUCUUCACUGAUUCUUAUGACCUGUUCUGCAUAUCCCUUGUCACCAAAUUACUUGGCCGCAUAUACUAUACUGAAGGCCAUGAUAAGCCGGGUUCUCUGCCAGCAAAUGUUUCAGCUGCCAUCAAUGGUGUCGCAUUCUGUGGAUCCCUUGCAGGCCAACUUUUCUUUGGGUGGCUUGGUGACAAAAUGGGAAGGAAGCGUGUCUACGGGAUGACCCUUAUGCUCAUGGUCGUAAGUUCAAUUGCUUCUGGUCUUUCCUUUGGCAAAGACCCAAAAGCUGUCAUGGCUACCCUUUGCUUCUUCCGCUUCUGGCUUGGAUUUGGCAUUGGUGGAGACUACCCUCUUUCCGCCACCAUCAUGGCUGAGUAUGCCAACAAGAAGACUCGUGGAGCGUUCAUAGCUGCUGUUUUUGCCAUGCAAGGUUUUGGAAUUUUGGCUGGUGGCCUGGUUGCAAUAGUAGUGUCAGCUGCUUUCGGUGCUCUCUACCCUGCUCCAACAUUCCAGGUCAACCCACUUCUGUCCACAGUGCCACAAGCUGAUUACGUUUGGAGGAUAAUCUUGAUGUUUGGUGCAAUCCCUGCUGUGAUCACAUACUAUUGGCGCAUGAAAAUGCCCGAGACUGCGAGAUACACUGCCUUGGUUGCCAAGAAUACGAGGCAAGCUGCUGCAGAUAUGUCAAAGGUGUUGCAAGUUGAGAUAGAAGUGAUGUCUGGAAGAGAAUUGGGAGUGCUUAAUGCACUCGAUUUGGCGAAGACGCAAUGGUACCACUUCACAGCUAUUGUGAUUGCUGGAAUGGGAUUCUUUACCGAUGCCUAUGAUCUCUUCUGUAUUUCUCUUGUCACCAAAUUGCUGGGGAGGAUAUAUUACACAGACAUAUCCAAACCAAAGCCUGGUGUUCUUCCUCCUAAUGUGCAAGCUGCAGUGACUGGUGUAGCACUGUGCGGUACUUUGGCUGGCCAGCUUUUCUUUGGAUGGCUUGGUGACAAGUUGGGAAGGAAAAAGGUUUAUGGCUUAACUCUUAUGCUGAUGGUAGUGUGUUCCCUUGCCUCGGGGCUCUCUUUUGGAGAUACCCCAAAGGGUGUCAUGGCCACACUUUGUUUCUUCAGGUUCUGGCUUGGCUUUGGGAUUGGUGGUGACUACCCUCUAUCGGCUACAAUCAUGUCUGAAUAUGCCAACAAAAAGACUCGAGGGGCAUUCAUUGCUGCAGUGUUUGCCAUGCAGGGAUUUGGAAUCUUGGCUGGUGGAAUAGUUGCCUUGAUUGUGUCAUCUGCAUAUGACCACAAAUACGAUCUUCCCAGUUACAAAGAAAACCCAGAAGGAUCAAUAGUUCAUUCCUUUGAUUAUGUUUGGCGUAUCAUUUUGAUGUUCGGUGCAGUUCCAGCUGCGGUUACCUACUACUGGCGUAUGAAAAUGCCAGAGACAGCUCGUUACACGGCCCUUGUAGCCAGGAAUGCAAAACAAGCUGCUUCAGACAUGUCCAAGGUGCUGCAAGUUGAGAUUGAAGCUGAAGAGGAUAAGUUGAACCACAUUGUUGAGAGUGAAAACCAAAGGUAUGGCUUGUUCAGCAAGGAAUUUGCCAAACGCCAUGGGUUGCACUUGCUUGGAACCACAGUAACAUGGUUUUUGUUGGACAUUGCCUUCUACAGCCAGAACCUUUUCCAAAAGGACAUUUUCAGUGCCAUUGGAUGGCUCCCUCCUUCACAAGAAAUGAAUGCAAUCCAUGAAGUUUAUAGGAUUGCAAGAGCACAAACACUCAUAGCACUUUGCAGCACCGUGCCGGGGUACUGGUUUACCGUGGCCUUUAUUGAUUACAUGGGACGUUUCGCCAUCCAAUUGAUGGGUUUCUUCUUCAUGACUGUCUUCAUGUUUGCUCUUGCCAUACCUUACAAUCACUGGACCAAGAGAGAAAACAGAAUUGGGUUUGUUGUGAUGUACUCUCUCACCUUUUUUUUCUCCAAUUUUGGUCCAAAUGCCACCACGUUUGUUGUACCAGCAGAGAUUUUCCCAGCAAGGUUAAGAUCCACCUGUCAUGGAAUCUCAGCUGCAGCAGGAAAGGCAGGAGCAAUUGUGGGUGCAUUUGGGUUCUUGUAUGCUGCACAGAGUACGGACCCCAAAAAGGUUGAUCACGGUUACCCAACUGGUAUUGGGGUUAAGAACUCUCUCAUUGUGCUUGGUGUAGUCAACUUCUUAGGAAUGUUAUUCACCUUCUUAGUGCCAGAAUCAAAGGGAAAAUCACUGGAAGAGUUGAGUGGGGAGAAUGAAGAAGGUCCUGAGGCUGUAGAGAUGGCAGGGUCUGCUAGGACGGUUCCAGUUUAAUCAACAAAGUAGUCCAAAAUUCAAGUAAUGCCACUAUUGUAUGACAGUUUUAGUUCAGGUUUCUACAGCCAAAUGCACUAUAUGAUGUAGAUAUAUGUUUCUCGAUGUUGUAAUUUUAAAUCAAUAACCAA